AUGAUUUUUCGAAUGUCUGAAUUAUUCAAAACUGUUGAGAAAUUGCACAACCUUGAAUUAUAUGAGGAUCUUUCACUUUUGGCAGAAAUUCAUUUACCUAAUGAACCUUCAAAAAUAUUCGCAAAUGAUAAUGAAUUGGAUGAUGAUCAAAAAGGUUUCUUUCUUUGUUGUUUAGCAAAUGCUUGCGCUGAAUUGAACAAUACUUCACAGGCUUUAAGGCGUUAUGAAAUGGCCCUAAUAUAUUUGGGAAAUAUUCGUCAACAUAAAUUAAAAAAUCGUUAUGAAAAUGUACUCAACACCGCUCAAAUUCGUUUUUUAAUGCACAAAAUUCUCUUACAAAAUAAACAGGAAGAGGAAGCUCUCCAUUGCCUUGAAUCUAUUCCUCGAACUGAACUUACUCCAAAAGUGUUGCUUGCUAUGGCCCGUCUUUGUCAUUUGCUUGCAAAACCGCCGUCUCAAUGUACUCGAUCUUUAUUUAACAAACGAACGGAUGCGCCAAACACUCGAAUUGUCAAUUAUUUUAAAGCAAUCGUAAAAGAUGUGCCAGAGGCUAUUUAUUGUCAGAGUUAUUUGUUGACUGCUGGGGCACUUAAACCUUCACAACAGUCCCCUCUUUCGACAAGUUCAAAAACACGUUCUAGCCCAUCUAAUGUAGAAUCGUCGAAAGAUUUUAUCAGCACGUUUUCUGAAGCCUCUCGCAUUUGGGCUGAAGCCAAACAACUUCAGGCUAAAAAACAAUAUAUGGAUGCUGCAAAAAUGUUGGAUAACCAAUUAAAUGGUCUGAAUUUGCGAUUUCUCUUGGAACAAGCUCUCUUUUAUCGAAUAGCUGGUGAUCAACAAAAAGCUUUGGCGUGUUAUCAACAGGCACAUCUUUUGGAUUCUACAAAUGCUGAAGGAAUGGACACGUUUGCCUCUCUUUUAGGAACUGUUUGUUUAAAUAUUUUUUCUAAUUAUUUUUUGAAUUAG